AUGUCAACCAACGCCCCUCAGCCUGUCAAACUCUCGCUGCCCCUUGAGUACCAGCAGAACCUCUUCCAGGAGCUGAGAAACGAAGAUGAAUUGGUCGUGCUCGCCCGUGGGUUGGGAUUGAUGCGACUGAUCACCAAUCUACUUCACUCUUAUGAUGCAGCGGGAAACAAUCUAAUUAUUCUUGUCGGCGCUGAUGAUCGCGAGAACAACUGGAUUGGUGAGGCUCUCGCCGAGCAUGCCGCCAUCAGCAUGUCUCCCAACGCCAGGGGGCUCACGGUCGUCAACACCGAUUUCACCAGCGUUGGCGCCAGAGAAAAGAUGUACACUCGCGGUGGCAUUUUCAGCAUUACCUCGCGCAUUCUCGUCGUUGACCUUUUGACAAAUCUCCUCGACACUGAAAAGGUCACGGGUUUGGUAGUUCUGCACGCCGAUCGCGUAGUGGCGACAUCCCUAGAAGCCUUCAUCUUGAGAAUUUAUCGGCAAAAGAACAAGGCUGGCUUUCUCAAAGCCUUUUCUGAUAAUCCUGACCCCUUUUCUACAGGGUUUUCACCACUGGCCACAAUGAUGAGAAAUCUCUUCUUGAAGAAGGCUUCACUAUGGCCACGCUUUCAUGUGACAGUGGCGCAGUCGCUUGAGGGUAAAAAGACAGCAGAGGUUGUAGAGUUGAAUAUCACUAUGAGCGAAUCCAUGCGAGAUAUUCAAAAUGCUGUGCUGGAAUGCGUUGAAGUCAGUAUUCACGAACUGAAAAAAGGAAACACCGGCUUGGAAAUGGAAGACUGGAACCUUGAUAGCGCCUUGCACAAGAACUUCGACGUUAUCAUCAGGAGACAGCUUGAUCCAAACUGGCAUAGAGUCAGCUGGAAGACGCGACAGAUUGUCAAUGAUUUAAGCGUCCUCCGCGGCAUGCUGUCGUCGCUUCUAACACUCGACGCAGUCUCGUUCUUGCAACAUCUAGAUACGAUCCAUGCCGCGCAUUCUCCACCCCCGGGCUCUACGAGACAGAACCAAUCGCCCUGGCUGUUCCUUGACGCUGCGCAGACGAUUUUUGAGACGGCUCGACGACGUGUCUAUGCCGCCAGCUCGAAGGCUGCUACGGCAGAUGCGAACAUUGAUUCACUUAAACCAGUUCUCGAGGAGCAGCCAAAAUGGGCUUGGCUGGCAGACGUACUGACGGAAAUCGAUAACAAUAUGCAUUUUGAUCCUCCAGUACGCGAUGACUCCAACGGUACUAUUCUUAUAAUGUGUGGCGAUACCAAUACAUGCCGGCAACUUCGCGACUAUCUACAGACCAUGCAUUUCAAACCCAAGGUGGAGAAGAAUCCCUCAGAGGAUGAUGAAGAUGAGGACCAACCCUCAGCCGCAUUUAUGAUGCGGAGGAAAUUACGCAACUACCUUCGAUGGAAACGAGAGUUUGCUCAGGUCAAUGCGACGCUAUUUUCCGAGAACCAGAAAGCGCUGAAUGGUGCUACCGACAGAGCAGGUCAGCCGCUCAGGGGCAAGCCGUCAAGCAAACGGAGACGCAUGAGGGGCGGCGGAGCCACGGGAACAUCGCUCACUCGCGCUGAGAACGGCAGUAUCAUGCAAUUCUUUGAACGACCAGCUGAAGUGGAGGACCUGAUGGCAGAGGUUCAAAUCACCGAAGAGGAGGCAGAACAGAAGCCAGAGGUAAUCUCUGAUCCGUUGGAGGAUAUGGAUGAUUACUUCCAACUAUAUGAAAUGCAAGAUCUAGUUGUUGUUCAUGCAUACGAUGGAGAUCAUGACGAACAUGUUUUGGAAGAGGUGAAGCCUCGGUACAUCAUCAUGUACGAACCUGACGCCGCAUUCAUUCGCCGAGUCGAGGUCUACCGUUCAUCGCACAAUGACAGAAAUGUCAGAGUAUAUUUUUUAUACUACGGCGAAUCAGUAGAAGAACAACGGUAUCUCUCUAGCGUCCGCCGAGAAAAGGACGCAUUUACAAAAGUUAUCAAAGAGCGCGCGUCCAUGUCGUUGGUCAUGACAGUUGACCCCCAUGGCGUCGAAGAUCCGCAAGAAGUGUUUUUACGCACUGUCAACACCCGAAUCGCUGGCGGCGGACGUCUCGCUGCGACAGCACAACCGCCACGUGUGGUGGUUGAUGUGCGAGAGUUCCGCUCGUCGCUACCAUCACUACUCCACGGACGAUCAAUGAUCAUUGUGCCCUGCAUGCUGACAGUGGGAGAUUACGUCCUCUCGCCCAACAUCUGCGUGGAGCGAAAGUCCAUCAGCGAUCUCAUCUCAUCCUUUAAGGACGGCCGCCUCUACGCUCAGGCCGAGACUAUGUUCCAGCACUACAAGAACCCGAUGCUCCUCAUUGAAUUCGAUCAAAAUAAGUCCUUCACCCUCGAACCCUUCGCCGACCUAUCCGGCAGCUUCAAUAGCAUCGCGCCAACAAACGUCUCAUCGGAUCUACAAUCCAAGCUUGUGCUUCUUACUCUCGCUUUCCCGAAACUACGCAUCAUCUGGUCCUCGUCACCCUACCAGACAGCCGAGAUAUUCGAGUCGCUUAAAGCGCAGGAGGACGAGCCGGACCCUAUCGCCGCGGUUCGCGCUGGCCUUGACAAGGAUAUGAAGGCAGAGGACCAGUCGUUUAAUUUGGAACCCCAAGAAAUGCUGGCCGCUGUGCCGGGCAUUAACCCUAAGAACAUUAUGCGGGUAGUGCUGGCCACAGAGAAUUUGAGAGAGGUUGCAAACUUGAACGAAAGGGAGCUAGCGCCGAUGGUAGGCAAGGAAGCUAGCCGGCAGAUUCAUGGAUUCUUCAACCGAAAUGUUCUAGAGGACUGA